CUCAUUUCCAACUCCCCCGGAUCAGAUACAAGGUCACCGAUCUGCAAGAGUAACCACAAUAACAAAAAACGGCGCUUGACCCGCUGAGUAUUUUUUGUUCCUCUCUCACAUUUCCCGCAUUCACGGUUUUGUUGCUGCGAUAAACCCGGCGUCAUUUCUCCCAACUCUGAGCCACUGAUAGCGCCGUUGAACACUUAAUCCUCGACAGCAGAAUCAGCACCGAUUCCGGGAACAUCCACUCAUCCCUCUCGCCCGCCGGCAGGAGAGAGGCGGAGGCGGCGGUAGCGCCUCACCGACCCUGCCCCCCAAACUCCAGGCGGGAUCCCGGAAAAGGGCGCAUUUCUUCCUUAUAAGGUGCUGGCGGGAUGGGUGAGGUAACCGCGAGGCUUCACGCUGCAAGGAUCGCCGGCAACCACCGACCAUGGGCAAAUCAGCUUCUAAGGAGUUUUCCCGUGAAGUUUUAAAAACCCACAAUGAUUAUAGGAAGAAACAUGGCGCACCAGCAUUGAAACUGUGUAGCAAACUUUGCAAAGAAGCACAGCAAUACGCGGAGGCUCUAGCCAGCACCCGAGUGCUUAAACACAGCCCGGAAUCCAGCAGAGGACAGUGUGGAGAGAACCUGGCCUGGGCGUCAUAUGAUCAGCCGGGUAAGGAGGUGGCUGAUAGGUGGUACAGUGAGAUAAAGAAUUACAAUUUUAGAUGUCCUGGUUUUUCUUCUGGUACUGGUCACUUUACAGCAAUGAUCUGGAAAAACAGCAAGAAGUUGGGUAUUGGGAAGGCUUCAGCCACGGAUGGCUCCACUUUUGUUGUAGCCCGAUACUUUCCAGCCGGCAACAUCAUGAACCAGGGAUAUUUUGAGGACAAUGUUCUACCUCCAAAGAAGUAAAAUUGUAAAAUUUGAAAUAGACUGUGAAUGUCACCAAAUGGAGGAUGAUGAACAAUCAUCCGAAGUGAUUUCCAUUCAGCAAUCAAGCUCUGAAAUUUAUUAGUGUUACACUUCCUCAGUACUGCUCACAGGGUCUGCUGCUAAUAACCCUGUUGUGCCUUUGUUUGGAAAGCACCAAACCAAUCCAUCACACAAUUAUGGACACAAAAUAACUAGCUGCCUGUUAUGAUACUUGUCUCUGCUCCAUAAGUAUUCAUUUCACAAGUCCAGCUACUCUUCUACAGAUGCUCUGUGAAAUUCUACUUCACUGCUGCUGCUGCCUGGACUGUUGUGCUUCAUUGAGCACACAAAAUGCAAUCUGUCAUAGUUGGGGAUCACCUUUUUCAGUCAUUAGUUUUAUUCAAUUUUGGUUUCAGCUAGUCAAUUUAUUUUUCUCCACUCAUUGAUUCUUAGUUGUACUUUGCAGAGGAAACAGAUGGCCUCUGUGUAUUCCGUUCAUGAGCCAUUACCUGCAUAUUCACCAUAACCCAAAGUGUUGCUAGGGAUACUUGACAGUGAGCAAGGAGACACAUUGGUGUUAAAAUCUUUCUUUUCUGUAGCUGGCAUGUGCACACACCAGUAUCUAUCCAAGACUGUAAUAGUGAUUUAAGAAAAAUGGCUGACUCUGUCCCCACCUCCCAUUGCUAACGCAGAAGUGCAGAGACUAAAGGUAGCAUCUUAUUGCCACUUUUCCUGUGACCCUACAGACAAACUUGCUACGUUGUGGUCUAAAGGGCACACUACUUGGAGCCCUUAUCCUCAGAGUCACAGAGGAGCAAGUUGCACUUUAAACAAUUUCAAAAAUCAAAUCUGCUUCUUGAUUCUAUUAUAUAAAUUAGGUUAAUAGGUUUGGUGAUGGUUCCUUCUCCAAUUGUGAAAAAUGGGAAAUCAGAAAAGCUGACUUCAGUGGGAGAAAGCAGUGGUUGUGUUGUAGAAAAGAACACCAAGAGGUUGUGGCAAUGCAGGGGGUCAAGUGGGAUUUCCGAACAUUGGAAGGAAGUUCUCAGAUAGUCUCAGCCUUCAGAAAGAUAAAGAGAUGGUAUAAACAUUGAUACUACCCUCACCACUUAUGCAGGCCAUGGUGAAGGCAAAUCCCAAUAUUUUUCAUUCUUUAGUUUUGAUUCCUAUUAAUUUUUCUGCCAUUCUGCACCAAGAAGGUAGAACAUUCCUGCACUUUGGCUACUUGGCAUGCUUUGGGUUCAGUCAGUAUUAACCGGAAUUAAUCUGGGCAUUUUAAAAAUGUAGUUUUGGUUUCUUCUGUUACAAUCUAUCUACAAAAGGUUUUAUUUUCAUGUGAUACUUCAGUGAUCCAGUUAUGAAACAGCAAAAUUAAUACAACCAGAAUAAGGAAUUUAAACUAAUAGGUAUUUGACUUGAAGCCUUCCAUCUUGUGGUUAGUAGCACAACAUUCAGCUGCUUGAGCUACUGGGGUUGGGUGGGUGGUGGUUGUGAUUUCUUGAGUUGAUAUGUUCACCAUCUGUGGUAGUUUUCUCAAUAGAAGAAAACGAAGUGGGGAAAGAAGACAAUUUACAAAUGUACUUUCAAGGUUAGAAUUAAACGUCACUGAUCUUAUUGCAAACUAAUAUCCAUGGAUAAACAGAUUGAAGAAUGGAAAUUUAUUCAAGAUACAGCUCUCCCACAGUUUACAAAGAAAUUAGGUUCUCAAAGAUCCAUUCAUCAUGCAGAUAUGUUCAUAGUGGGAGGUAGAGUGAGCCCUUAACUUUUGUGGGGAAUACCAGCUGUCCGGUAUGGUGAGAAAAGUAGUCAGAAGCUAGUCAAUCUCCUCCCUGUAAGGAUGCAGUAAAUCAAAAGCAAACCACAUUUGUUUUGACAAGUUAAACGUACAAAUCAUUCAUCAAAUGGCCAUUAUUGUCAGAUGGAAGAGCACAGGUCCUUGAGAGUUUUUUUCUAUUUAACAAGCUUGUUUAUCUAACAGAUUCUUUUCCAUUGAUGAGACCACAAAGAUUGUAAAAUAUUACUGGUUUUUAUGAACCUUGUUUUAAAGACGGUGUCCAAAUCUGUUCCCUGGCUUUCAUUAUAGUGAACAAAGCCUUUGUUAAUCGAAAAAUAAAAUUAAAUAAACCCCUUUGUUGUAGUGUUGUCAU